GACCGGGACGGGGGACACCGGGACCACGGCCCCGCCGGGACCCUUCCGCCUCGGGACCCGCUGGUGCCGGGCCGUGCUGCCCGCCGGUCAGCCGCGGUUCUGCUCCGCCUGGGGACAGCGGCACCGGAGGGAUUUUUUGGGCAGCCAGGAGCGGCGCAGCCCGGCCCCUCCAGCCUCUCUCCCAGCAUGGCAGACCAGAAGCGUCUGGCCUUCUCCAUCAUCCAGUUCCUGCACACCCAGCUCCAGAACGGCAGCAUGUCUCCAGAUGCUCAGGAGAGUUUGGAAGUGGCUAUCCAGUGCCUGGAAACAGCGUUUGGGGUCUCCAUGGAAGACCAAAGCCUGGCUGUGUCCCAGACCCUUCCCGAAAUAUUUGAAGCCGUGGCAGGGAAGGAGCUGGAACACUCCAGGACGAACUCGGAGCCCGUCACCCCCUCAGAAGAUGACGUGGCUGAAGCUGAAAGACUCAAGACUGAAGGAAACGACCAAAUGAAGGCAGAAAACUUCGAGGCUGCCGUGUCAUUUUAUGGAAAAGCCAUCGAGUUAAACCCAGCCAACGCUGUUUAUUUCUGCAACAGAGCUGCUGCCUACAGCAAACUGGGGAAUUACGCGGGGGCCGUGCGGGACUGCGAGCGAGCCAUCGGCAUCGACCCCAACUACAGCAAAGCCUACGGCAGGAUGGGCUUGGCCCUGUCCAGCUUAAACAAACACACAGAAGCUGUUGUUUACUACAAAAAAGCUCUGGAGUUGGAUCCGGACAACGAAACGUACAAAUCCAACCUCAAAAUAGCUGAACAGAAAAUGAAGGAGACUCCCAGUCCAACCGGCGGCCCCGGAGGGUUCGACCUGGCCGGAUUGCUGAACAACCCCGGCUUCAUGAGCAUGGCCUCAAACCUCAUGAACAACCCCCAAGUACAACAGCUAAUGUCCGGGAUGAUCUCGGGAGGCCACAACGCCAUGGGAGCGGCCGGGAGCAGCCCCUCCACCAACGACCUGGCCAGCCUGAUCCAGGCGGGCCAGCAGUUUGCCCAGCAGAUGCAGCAGCAGAACCCCGAGCUGAUCGAGCAGCUGCGCAGCCAAAUCCGCAGCCGGACCCCGAGCGCCAGCAACGAGGAGCAGCAGGAGUGAGCCCCUGGAAAUUCCAGGAUUUGCUUUUCCAGCUGGGAGCCACCUCCGUGUUGCCAAUUCUUGACUUGGAAGUGUCCAAGAGGGGGAAAAAACCCAAAACUCCAACGGAUAAAAACCACAAAAAUUCCCAAAUCUUCCCGUGCCCUGCAUGUCCCCGAGAAUUCCCAAUUCCCUCCCUGCUCCUCCCUUUUCCCCCCUUUUUUUCCCCUUUUUUUCCCCAUUUUCCCCCUUUUUUUUCCCCUUUUUUUCCCCUUUUUUCCCCUUUUUCCAGGUUUAUUUUUUGGGGUUUUUUUCCUGGCAGCCCCAGCAGAGCUGAACUCAGAAUUCUGCUGGGAAAUUCCCAAAUCCCCGCAGGAUUUGCUGCUCGUGGGGGGGUUUUAUUCCCAAUUUUUUGUUGUUGUUUUUUGGAGCAUUUCCAAGCAAAUUCUUAUUUUUUUUCCCCCAAUUUUCCCCUCGGGAGCCACUUCCAAGAAGUGUUUGAGUCCCUGCUCGUCCCCAUCCUGGAAUUCCCAGGAUUUUCCAUCUCUGGGAAUGAGGAUUUUGCUCCAAGUCUGGGAUUUUUUGGGAAUUUUGCUGCUUCUCCUCUCCAGGAUCCACGGGGGAGUCAGUUCUGAACCUCCCCCAGGCAUUUUUGGGGUUUUUCCCAUCCCAAAAAAAAAUCCUGGAAAAAUCCCAUUUUGGUCGUGCAGCAACUCUGGCAAAAUGGGAAUUUCUGCCAUGGAACGUGAGCAGGGAGGGAGUGAAGGUGUUUUUAGUGUGUUUCAAGGAGUUUUUUCUGAAUUAUUUUGAUUUUUUUUAAUUGCAUGUCAGUGAUCAGCCUGGCUGGGCUGGGGUGGAGGGAAUCCAAAAUCCCCCUUUGGAUCCAAAAUCCAGGAUUUGGGCAGGGAAAAGCUCCUGGAGCCGCCUCAAAUCCCAGCUGGGGAGAAACCAGAGGGGUUUUUUUUAAAAUCCAAAAUGGAUUUAAAUCUGAUUUUUGGCUCCUGGGGGAGGAGGAGCCCCUCUGGAAUGUUGGGGAGACGGAAAAAAUCAUGGAAAAAAGUGAUUUUUUUUGGUCGAGGCUCCGUGGAAUUCAUGUGGUUCGUGUCACUCGUGAGGAAUAAAAACCAUUUGGACACUUUGGUUGUUA